UGGUGGUGAGGACCAGGCAAGUUUAUUUAUUUUUUAGUUUUUUCAUUAUUUAGAUGAUUUGUUACUAUGUUGUUUGUUGUCUCUGUCAAAUGUUUUUUUAUGUUUGUUUUGUAUAUUUACAGGGUUUGGGGGGUGGUGAUGCUGUUAAAGCUAUUGGUUCAGAUGGGACAAAUAAAGACAAUGUUGAGGGAAAGAAUACUGAAGAAGCAAAAGAUGUUGCAGAUGGGAGUAAUAAAGAUAAUGUUGAGGGCAGAGCAGUUGAUGUAGAUGCAAGUGUAAAUGAUGUUGAAGGUGUUUCUAGUAAGGGAAAGUUGUUUGAUAGUCAAGGCACUGAGGAUAGUAUCACUGUGUCUGCUUUGGAGAUUAUAAAUGAAAAGAUUGAUGCCUAUGAGGGAAGCAUUAAAAAGGAUAAGUCUUUAAAUAAAUUAGAGGCAACAAAUGCUGAUGUUUUAUCUACCUAUGGGUUGGACAAGACUGAUGUUGUUGGUGUUGAGAAGAAGCAUGGUUCUCAAGAAAGCUUUUCUGUAUCUACCAUGGAGGUUGUUAAUGAUCAUUUGGUUUCCUAUGAAGACAGUUUGAAAAAGGGAAAGUCUAUAAAAUUGGAGGAAGAAACUCCUACAGUUGGAAAUAGAGAGAGGAAACCUAGUUCUGUAUACAACAGUCCGUAUGCCACAGAAUUUGGUUCAGGUAGUAUUGGUAAACCAAAAGGUGGACGUCCUGGAUCAUGUGCUUUUGGAUUUGGCUUUUUCAAUGUGAUUGAUGAUGUGCAAGCUAAAUCUUUUGAUCAGUGGUUUAAGAUUGGGUUUAAUGAUAAAAACAAAGUGAAGAAGUUUAAAGAAUGUCAUAGGAAGCUUAAGGUUCCAUUGGAUUUUGUGGUUUGUCAAAUUGAUGAUAAGAUGUGGUUCUAUGAUUUGCUUACUGUUGGGAAGAACUUGUCAUGCUCGCAUAUUGAUGUUUGUUUCUACUAUUUGAGAAAGAAGUUAAAGUAUGACCAGUCUGUGAAAAUUUCUGGUAAUACUACUGAUUGCUUCUUUGCUUCUCAAAUUUUUGAAUUAUAUAAUGAGUUUGUUGCAAGUGGUGAAAAUGUUGAUUCGAUUAAGAAGGAUUCUAAGGCAGCUGCAUACAUAGCGGGUUUUUAUAUGUUAUGCAAUAAACCCUGGGCUGAGCUUGAUUUCGUACUAAUGCCUGUUAACGUGAUUGUUCUUGCUCAUUGGAUAUUGUGUAUUCCUGACAUUAAGAUGAGAUGCUUAAAAGUGUUGAAUUCUAUGAGGUUUGGGAGGUACAAGAACAACUCAGAGAGUUUUGUUCGUGCAUUUGCUGUAAUAAUUCCUAUCUUACUGUCACAUGUUAAUUUCUAUGAGGGGAGAAAAGAUAUUGACAGGAGUAGUAAGCACUGGCAAGGUAAAAAAGAUAUUGAUGCGUUUGAUAUUGUCGUGGUUGAUAAUUUGCCACAACAAGAGGAUAGGUAACUAUCUUUGUUUUUUUUUUUAUAUUUAUGAUUCUAUGUUAUUGUUUAUUUUUUGUUAUCUGACAAUUGCUAUGGGUUUAUUUUUGUGAUGUAGUGAUUGUGGUGUUUUUAUCA